GCCCUCAUUGUGCGCGCAUAGAUAGACGGAAUCACGACGCGAAAAACCGUGAAAAGAAUCGGGAACUUGGUGGCAGAAUUGGUCUCUCUGCUUGAUCCGUGUCCGUGUCUCUUUGUGCGGAAAAUCCUAGUGCGAAAUAGGGGAGUGAGUGGCAGACGUGUCCAUCAUCUUUCCGCAGGCCUACUGUGGUAUUGCUGGGUCGAUUGCAGACGACUGAGCCUGAGGUGUUGAGGGUAUUUCCCAUUCCAUUGCCAACCUUCGACCACCGUUCAAGGAAAAUGGAAAAGUGGUAGACUGAACAAUAGUGAUGUAAGAGUAACCGCUGGCACCUCGCUACAAGGUGCUCCGGAGGUGGCAAGAUAGAGGUGCAGGCGAACAUCAGAAGGAACAAUGAUGGCUUCGAAGGGAGGAAUCCGUCCGAGUCCGAGAGUAAAGUGGGUUUUCUUGUGCGAACCCGCAACCGAAAGAGAGCCAUCCGACGAUCUAGUUUCGUCUUCGGUCUGACGACCGUUGGGGAAGGUUUUUUUUUUGUACUCUGCCUCACCUCCUCAGCUGCUUCGCGCUUGUGCGUGCGUGUCCAACUUCCUUCGAAUCAUCCAUCGGCCGCCGCCGUCGUCGUCAUUGUCUUCGGUUUCACCCGAUUCGGUCAGUUUGGCUAGUUUUUGGUUUGCCGUUUUUCCCUUCUCCUUCCCCAUAGUUUUACACGUAUCUUGCGAGUGCGUGAAAGUGUAUGUGUUUUCGGUGCUCGCAUAGCAUAACAGCACACUGCCUGAUACACAACCUCUUUCUAUUAUUUCCUUCUUGAGAAUUUAUUCUUGCCCCCUAGACUGGACCCGUUUUUGCACGGUGUCUGUUGGUUGGUUGGUUUGCAUCGAAAUCGCGCCAGACCUUGUUCCCUGAGUACGCAUACGGAAGGUCCGUGUGCGCGGUGGCCAACUAAUCACAUGUCGCUCGAUGUGUGCUACUUACUAUUCGGUUCAAGGCUCCGAAUCAACGGCAAAUGCUUCCUUUCAGCUAGAGCGGUAUGCCAGCCAACUUUUCUUCGACCUUGCGCACCACGAAAAAGGAAACAGCGUGGUGCCUCGACGGAAUGCUCCUUUUUAAUCUCCUACUGCCUGCUGCAGUAUGUUGUUUAUCGAUGGUGUCGACGGAAUGGCAGGUUGGAAGCUUCUGGAUGUCCUCCCCCCGGUCCUACCAUAUGUUAGCAAUGGCCAUAACGUACAGUACACGCAACUUAGGACUUUUGUUUUUGUCAUCUGUAUGUGACGAACAUCAAAUUCCACAUGAACAGUGAAACGACAUUAGACGAAAUCCUGCAGCAUUAAUUGCUCGGUUAUGCCACGAGUGAUUUAUUUAUUUAUUGCGCUAUCAAGGCUGAAAUAACCGUUGAUUGUAAGGAGAAAAAGGAUCCAUCCAGUGUUCCUACAGCCACGGUCAGUAUAAUAAGACCGGUCAAAGAUUAGUUAUCAUCAUCAACGAUGGUUUCUUGCAGAGUUGUGGGGAAGGGUCUUUUGUCAGCUCAACUGUUCUCUUUAGAUGAAUCAAUCAAGCUUUCAUAGAUUUCGUAGUACCUUAGAGCGUAUGUUUAUUGCUUAAUAGAUCAUUUCUAGGCUGGCCAGUUUGAGAACUUUUGGUUGAUUGCUAAAAUAUCAAUCGCCGAUCAAAGUAGAAAAAAAGAAUAAUUUUGGGACGAAUUGGACAAAAACAAAUCAGAAAGAUAACAUAUGCGUAAGAGAGUGAGCGAAGUCGGAGUGAAACAAAACGGGUCCGACCACAUAUGCUCCGGUGGUCUUACCGUCAUGUCCAUCAGUACGCAGAGCGCAUGCCGCCACCUAUAAUUCUGCGUGCUUCACAUUUACACGACACGGUGUACUGAAAAACUCAGCAGCAAAUGAAAAACAGGUUCCGAAACACACGCGAACCGCUAGUGGUAUGUGUGCCUGAUUAGUGUUACCCCAAGCAGAAGGAGAGGCUGGCAAGAAAUGGGAGCUCUCCUUCUCGUUGGUUCUCUCUACGGUGCACACCUUUAUCACGGCCCCAAAGCUAGCACCUAUUACUUUCGAGGAAGUGUUUUCUGCCGUGGGUUUGUGAGUUUGCGAGUGUGGUGCGGCAAACCUUGUGAGAGAGUUUACUUACAAAAAAUAACACACUUUGUAAAUUAGUGCUGUGCGGUGAAGAGUUAACUAAUUGGUCACAAUAGUUAGCAACCAACCAGGGAAUCAGUAAAGGAAUCGUGUGAAAGAGUUGCCGGUUGCGCGCACGCGCCUUCUUGCUAGUGUAAUUGCGUGGGCACACGUGUACAGGAGGAGCUACUAGUGCGCUUUUUCGCGUUCCGUGAAUGUUUGACCUCGCGUCGAUAUUAUGUAGUGUCCGCGAAGAGCUGUAAAGGAUAAGGAAGAGAAAUUGAAAAUCGUACGUGGCAAAGGUUGAGACGUUCAGGUUCAGUUUCGUGGCUCGUUUGAUCGUUUGAUAAAGUGACCAGAGUAGGAGGAACAAUUCU